CACAACAAAGCCCAACGCAAACUUCGAACGAAUCUUUUCUUUUUCGAUCUCUCUCGCAAUCAGAUCUCCCAAGCGUCUAAAUCCCUAGCUACUCCUCUCUCACUCGUACUUUGAUCGUCUGCUGCCUUUUCAUCAUCUCCGUUUUCGAAAGUUCACUAGGUUUUGGAUCUCCGAUCGCCAUGGUGCCGCCUUCGUCCUCGAUCGCGACUCAUGUUCGCUUCUUGCUGGAGAGCUUGAGCGAUUCGGACGUUGACUCCGCCAUCCAAGAGCUUCGCGAGUUUGUUGAUCGUGGAGUUGAGGCUAGUGUUCCUGUUCUGGCGACCUGCUUAGGCUGCUUGACCUUUAAGAAAAGCCAGGUGAAUAGGUUGCAGCUCGAGAAAGUGGUAUCACCUGUUUUUAAACAUGCCAUGAAGAAGCCAAAUUUCGGUACCACUCUCUCUCAGGCGCUAAAAGAUGUUGAGGUCACUGAAGAUUUUGUGGAUGAUUUGGCAAAUGCAUUGUGCUUGUCUACAUCUGAGAAAAUUGGUUUUGGUCUUGCCUUGUCUGAUCUUGAAAGAUCUGAUGCAAGAACAAGUGGGCGGAACUUUUGUGCCACUGAGAUUGAGAAGCUGUGUGCCAAUCCUGUCCAGAUGGAGUCGACUCAACAAAUUCAUGAUAUUAUUUUGUUUAUUUGUCAAUCUGAGGAUCUCUCCAAACAUUUGGAUUCCUUUUUGCAAAUAUUGUCUUCUGCUCAAUCAAGAGAUGAACUCCGCGUUGUGCUUACUCCCAUCCUUUCAGAAGAUGUUCCCGGAGCUGAUAUUUUCAGGAGCAUGGAUUUUCUCAAUGAUACUGCGGAAAAUGACUUUGAUGAUGUCUUAGCUGAAAUUGAAAAGGAGAUCAGCGUGGGUGAUCUCAUAGAAGAAUUAGGAUAUGGAUUCACUGCUGAUGCCGGACAAUGCAAAGAGAUCUUGUCUCGCUUCUUACCUUUAACAGAGGCUACUAUCUCUAGAAUCCUUGGAACAGUGGCCCGUAGCUAUGCUGGUCUUGAAGAUAACCAUAACACCUUUUCAACUUUUAGUUUGGCCCUUGACUGCUGUACCUCAACUGAACUUCCUGAGCUUAGGUCGUGGAAUGUAGAGAUCCUCAUUGAAACAAUCAGACAGCUCGCUCCUGGCACAAACUGGAUUCGAGUAAUAGAGAAUCUGGAUUAUGAUGAAUUUUACAUCCCUAAUAUGGAGGCUUUCUCUUUCUUCAUGUUGGUGUUUCGAAAUGCAUGGAAGGAUCCAUUUCCUCUUCAUGCCAUAUGCAGUUCUGUCUGGAAAAAUGUGGAAGGGCAGUUAUCGUUUCUUAAGCAUGCUAUAUCUGCACAGGCAGAAGUAUUUUCCUUUGUGCAUUCUGCAAGGAAGCUGGCAUAUGUUGAUAAUGGGCACGGCCAUGAUCAGCAGUUAGUACUUGCCAAUCACGCCUGGUUGUCUCUUGACCUGUUAGAUGUGCUAUGCCAACUGGCUGAGAGGGGACAUGCUGCUUUAAUUCGUUCAUUGCUUGACUAUCCUCUUACACAUUGUCCGAGAACAUUGCUUCUUGGAAUGGCUCAUGUCAAAACUGCUUAUAAUCUUAUUCAGCGAGACGUGGCUUCUGCUGUUCUUCCCAUGAUAUUAAAGAAUACGCCGGAUAGUGGUUUCAUACUUAAUCUUUGGCAUCUAAAUGCUGAACUUGUACUUUGGGGGAUUUUAGAUGCCCAAAAUCUUGAAUCAGAAGGCUUGAUGAGAUUAAUGGAAACCUGCCACGAACUGAAGAUUCUCUCAUUUGUUUUAGAGUCAGUUCCAUUCUCACGUGGCAUUAGAUUGGCGAUCCUUGCUUCACAGAGAGGUUUCUUGGACAUUGAGAAAUGGUUGUCCAGCUGUUUAUAUAUGUACAAGAAUGUUUUCUUUGAGGAGUGCCUCAAGUUUAUCAAGGACAUUCAUUUUGGUGAAUCGAAGGAUUUUUCAGUCAAACAUUUCCAUCCCUCUGGUACUAUAUUCAAUCUUUAUCUGGAGGCGACAUCUUCCGUUUUGAAGGUUCUUAAAGCUCAUGCUAAUGUAAUUUCUUCACCUCAACUGUCUGAAGAAAUCGAGAAGGUCCAUGCGGCAAUUUUGGAUUGUAAUUUGGAACUGCAGAAUGGUGGGGCUUUGGAUUCACCAUCCUCUGAUGUAGAUGGGGAUGAUGUUGAGGCUGAAGCAAAUGCUUAUUUCCAUCAAAUGUUUUCUGGUCAGUUGAGUGUCGAAGCAAUGGUCCAAAUGCUUGCACGAUAUAAGGACUCGCCAGUUGAAAGGGAAAAAGCAAUUUUUGAAUGCAUGAUUGGAAAUCUUUUUGAAGAAUAUCGUUUUUUCCCCAAGUAUCCUGAGAGACAGCUAAAAAUAGCAGCUAUCCUCUUCGGUUCGGUUAUCAAGCACCAGCUUAUAGCUUCUAUAACACUGGGCAUUGCUCUUCGUGGAGUACUGGAUGCAUUGCGUAAACCUGCUGAUUCAAAAAUGUUUUUAUUUGGAACCAAAGCUCUGGAGCAGUUUGUGAAUCGUCUCAUUGAGUUGCCUCAGUACUGCAACCAUAUUUUGCAAAUAUCUCAUCUGCGCGGUACUCAUCCGGAGCUAGUUGCUGUUAUUGAACAAGCCCUUGCACGGAUAUCAUCUGGUCAUUCAGAAGCAGAUGCCUCAGUUAAUCACCCUAUUUCCCCAUUGUCUUUCCCUGGAAAUGGCGAGUUGAGUGGUUCUGGAAUUGGCCAAUCUGUAUUGCAGCUUACUUCUUCCAUACAUCAUCAACAGAGAAAUGAAGUAUCUGUUGAUGAUCGUAACAAGGUGCCUGCCUUGGCAUCAAAUGAUGUGAAGCCGCUUCUGCCAUCUUCAGUGACUACUUCAGGAGAUGUUUCAGUCAUUCAGAAGAACCCAGUCACUGGUUUAGCUACUUCAUCAACUUCAGCUGGCUUUGCCCGUUCAUCUCGUGGAGCCACUUCAACAAGGUUUGGUUCUGCCUUGAACAUAGAAACCCUAGUCGCUGCAGCGGAGAAACGAGAGCAACCAAUAGAGGCUGCACCUUCAGAGGUUCAGGACAAAAUAUCUUUUAUAAUUAAUAAUAUCUCAGCAGCAAACAUGGAAUCGAAAGCCAAAGAAUUCGCAGAAGUAUUGCCUCAGCAGUAUUAUCCCUGGUUUGCACAGUAUAUGGUCAUGAAAAGAGCGAGUAUCGAACCAAAUUUUCAUGACUUGUACUUAAAGUUUCUGGAUAAAGUUAAUUCGAAGGCCUUGAACAAGGAGAUUGUUCAAGCUACCUAUGAGAAUUGCAAGGUUCUCUUAAGUUCAGAUCUCAUAAAGUCGAGUUCAGAAGAGCGAUCUUUACUAAAAAAUUUAGGCAGCUGGCUUGGAAAGUUGACCAUUGGAAGGAAUCAUGUUUUGUUGGCCCGAGAAAUAGACCCAAAAUCUUUGAUAGUUGAGGCAUAUGAAAAGGGGUUGAUGAUCGCAGUCAUUCCAUUCACUUCUAAGGUGUUGGAGCCCUGCCAUAACAGUAUUGCAUAUCAACCUCCAAACCCAUGGACUAUGGGUAUUCUUGGGCUUCUUGCUGAGAUCUACUCAAUGCCAAACCUGAAAAUGAAUCUUAAAUUUGACAUAGAGGUGUUAUUUAAAAACCUUGGCGUUGAUAUGAAAGAAGUAGCACCGACUUCUCUAUUGAAGGACAGAAAGAGAGAAACAGAUGGGAAUCCUGAUUUCAGUAGCAAAGAUCUCGGUGUGGCACAAGUAUCUCAGCCACAGAUGCUUCCUGAAGCUAAAUCUGGAGCCUUUUCUCCACUCAACCAGGUCGAGCUAGCUCUUGAUGUUACAAGUUCACCUAACACAGGCAACCAUUCAAAGUUAUUAUCACAGUAUCCAGCUCCUCUUCAGAUUUCUGCGGGCACUUCGAUGGAUGAUGAGAAAGUCUCUGCGCUAAGCUUAUCUGAUAAGCUUCCGUCAGCCCAAGGACUGUUCCAGUCAACUCCUUCCCCUUCUGCAUUUUCUAUUAAUCAGCUCUCAGCAGCAAUCCCAAACAUUGGAAAUCAUGUUAUUAUCAAUCAGAAGUUAAGUGCGUAUGGUCUGCACUUUCCUUUUCAGAGAGCGGUGCCCAUUGCUAUGGACAGAGCUAUCAAGGAUAUUGUGUCUGGUAUUGUCCAGCGUAGUGUUUGUAUUGCAUGCCAGACAACAAAAGAGCUGGUUUUGAAGGAUUAUGCAUUGGAACCAGAUGAGACAAGAAUAUACAAUGCAGCCCAUUUGAUGGUUGCUAGUUUAGCUGGGAGUUUGGCUCAUGUGACCUGCAAGGAACCCUUGCGCAGUUCAAUAUCGAAUCAUCUACUGAGUUCGCUUCAGGGUGUAAAUAUUACAAGUGAAGUUCUAGAACAAAUUGUGCAACUUGUCACUAAUGACAACCUUGACCUUGGUUGUGCUGCCAUUGAACAGGCGGCUACAGAAAAGGCAAUACAAACUAUUGAUGGUGACAUUGCUCAGCAAUUAUUGUUGAGGAGAAAGCAUAGGGAUGGUGUUGGUUCCUCAUUUUUUGAUCCAAACAUGUUGUCACAAAAUUCUGUUAGCGUCAUACCUGAAUCCCUCCGCCCAAAACCUGGUCACCUGUCCCUUUCUCAGCAGCGGGUUUAUGAGGAUUUUGUUCAGCUUCCGUGGCAAAAGCAGUCUACCCAAAGUUCACAUGGUUUAUCUGCUGUUCCUAGUUCAUCUGGUGAAGUUGGCAUUGGUGGUGGUUAUGGUUCACUGUCCGGAAAACAAUCUUCUGGCAUUUCAUCUAGUGCUGCAAACGUGGGUAUGGAUAUGGUCUCUCGAUCAUCGGAUAUUUCUGUGGAGGGGUUUGAAUCUAGUUCAGUUGCACCUCCGAGUGUCCCUAGCGUUCAAGUUGGUCCAGCUAGUGAUGCAGCCACCCUUCUGUAUUCUAAACCCCUUUCAUCCUCCGAGUCAUAUCCAACAGAAUCCGCUGAUGGAGUAAGUAAGGAAACCGGGGUAUCCUUGCAGACUUUGAGCUCAUCUGCUACCAUGGAGCGACUUGGUAGUAGCAUUACACAGCCUUCGCUUUCCACGAGAGAUGCACUGGAUAAGUACCAGAUUGUUACUCAGAAGUUGGAGGACUUAGUAGCCAGUAACUCUGGAGAUUCUGAAAUUCAGGCAGUAGUUUCUGAGGUUCCCGAGAUCAUCCUCCGAUGUGUGAGCAGAGACGAAGCUGCCUUGGCUGUCGCUCAGAAAGCUUUCAAGGCUCUUUAUGAGAAUGCUACGAGCAGCCUUCAUGUCAGUGCUAACCUAGGAAUUCUCGCAGCUGUCCGUGAUGUCUGCAAACGUGUUGUCAAGGAGCUCACAAGCUGGGUGUUAUAUUCAGAUGAGGAGCGGAAACUCAACAAAGAUAUUACUGUUGGUCUUAUCCGAAGUGAAUUACUUAACCUGGCAGAGUACAAUGUCCACAUGGCGAAACAUCUUGAUGGGGGGCGAAACAGUAUGUUGAUGGAGAGUGCAACUGACUUUGCCAUUACUCUUCUCCAAUCCUUGGUUUCUGAGGAGUCGAGUGUCAUUUCUGAGCUUCAUAGUCUUGUUGAUGCACUGGCAAAGCUUGCUGCAAAACCGGGGUCUCCAGAAUCAUUGCAACAUCUGAUUGACAUGAUACGAAACCCAGUUGCUAGUUCUGCUAGUCUCUCAAGUGCUGCAAUCGGCAUUGAGAACGGUGCUAGACAAUCAAAAGAUGAGAAGACUACGGCCAAUGCCACUACUACUGGAGAUGAGAGUACUAUCAUGGAACUUGUGGAACGAGAUCCUGAUGGUUUCCGAGGACAGGUAUCCUUGCUUUUCGAAAAUUGGUAUAAGAUAUGCGAACUUCCUGGUGCAAACGAUGCUGCUUGUACUCGAUAUGUCAUACAAUUGCAUCAGAGUGGACUGCUAAAGGGGGAUGAUCUAACUGAGAGUUUUUUCCGCAUACUUACGGACCUUUCUGUUGCUCAUUGCAUAUCUUCCGAAGUAAUUAGUUCUGCUGUGCUGCAAACUCCGCAGCAAUCCCAGGGUCUAUCAUUCCUAGCGAUCGAUAUUUAUGCAAAACUUGUUUUUUCGAUCUUGAAGAAUUUCCCUGACCAGGAAUCUAGUGGCAAGUUCUUCCUUCUCUCGAAGAUUCUGGCUGUAACUGUGAGACAUAUCCAAAAAAAUGCAGAGGAGAAGAAGACAUCUUUUAAUCCAAGACCUUAUUUCAGACUGUUCAUCAACUGGCUUCUGGACUUCUGUUCACUGGACCCUGCGACUGAUGGUUCAAGCUUUCAGAUUCUCACAGCUUUUGCCAAUGCAUUUCACGCAUUGCAACCCUUUAAAGUUCCUGCCUUUAGCUUUGCUUGGCUAGAGCUAGUCAGUCACAGAAGCUUCAUGCCCAAACUACUCACAGUAAACAAUCAGAAGGGUUGGCCCUAUGUUCAGCGCCUGCUUGUGGACCUGCUCCAGUUUCUUGAGCCAUUUUUGAGAAAUGCUGAACUAGGAGGGCCGGUUCACGUUUUGUAUAAGGGAACACUGAGAGUGUUGCUGGUGCUGCUUCAUGACUUCCCAGAGUUCCUUUGCGAUUAUCAUUUUACUUUCUGUGAUGUGAUUCCCCCAAGUUGCAUACAAAUGCGCAAUAUAAUUCUCAGUUCUUUUCCACGAAACAUGAGGCUUCCAGAUCCAUCUACUCCAAACUUAAAGAUUGAUUUGUUGCCUGAGAUAGUUGAUCCUCCCCGUAUUCUUUCUGAGGUCGAUGCUGCUCUUAAAGCAAAGCAAAUGAAGAAUGACGUGGAUGAGUAUCUCAUGAUGAGGCCGCUGAACUCUCCUUUCCUAAAUGAACUGAAGGAGAGGGUGCUUCUCCCAAUUACUGAAGCCAGUUCAGCUGGUACUCGUUACAACGUACCAUUGAUCAACUCGCUUGUUCUCUAUGUUGGAAUGCAGGCUAUUCAACAGCUACAGGCAGGUGCAUCUCAGGCUCAAUCAAAUGCAAAUGUUGCAGCCUUGCAGAUAUUCAAGUAUUUAAGCUCUGAACUUGAUGCGGAAGGACGCUACCUCUUCCUGAAUGCAAUUGCUAACCAGCUUCGUUAUCCAAACAACCACACGCAUUACUUUUCCUUCAUCAUGCUCUAUCUGUUUCAUGAAUCAGACGAGGAAAUCAUUCAGGAGCAAAUAACAAGAGUGUUGCUGGAACGGCUAAUAGUAAACCGGCCUCAUCCAUGGGGACUACUCAUCACAUUCAUUGAGCUCAUCAGAAAUCCAAGGUACAACUUCUGGAAACAAGGGUUCAUAAGGUGUGCUCCAGAGAUAGAGAAACUGUUUGAAUCGGUGGCCAGAUCCUGCGGUGGCGGCAGCAGCGGCGGCGGCGGCGCCCUGAAGCCAGUCGACGAAGCCAUGGUUACGGGUUGGGUAUCUGACAGCACCCACUAAAAGAUCCCUUUUAUAUAUAUAUAUAUAGAGAGAGAGAGACGUGUAAUUACAAGCAUUACGCUCAGUCGGACAGACUUUUGUCAGCUUCGGAGUUUUAUGCAAAUGUUUUUUUUUCAA